CUCAAAAAAGAAAAAGAAAAACAAAUAGCAGACCACUCUUCCGCUUCACUCGCCACCCCCAAACCCUCGCCGCCUCGUCGUCCGGCGACCAUGGCCGGCCGGCCGCCGUUCACCAACGUGGACUCCGCGACGGAGGCCGAUCUGCGGCGCAGGGGCCUCGACCCGCACGAGGUGGACCGAUCCACGGAGCAGCGGCUCACCCACAUCUGCACCGAUCUCGUCCCCGCCCUGCCGGCCUCCGACCCCCGGCGGCACACGCCCCUGCACAAGAUUCUCUCCCGCCUCGCCGUCACGGACCCCGCGCGCAACCCCGCCCUCCCCGCGCCCGACGGCGUCGACCGCCUCAGCCUCCUCCGCGACGCGCUCCUGCGCGAAAUCCUCUGCCGCCUCCCCGUCAAGGACGGCGCGUGCACCUCCGUCCUCGCCUCGCGCUGGCGCCGCGUCUGGCUCUCCACGCCCCAAGUCCUGGCCGACGCCCACCUCCGCCCCAAAGGCUGCGGCUUGCCCCCCACGCCCGCCGACUCGCCGGCCAUCGUCGCCGCCUUCUCCAGCAUCCUCGAAGCGCACACGGGCGCCAUCCCCACCGUCCACCUCACCUGCACCCACACGAACGCGUACCAGGCCCAGCUCGCGCGCUGGCUCCACCUCCUCGCCACCAAGGGCGUCCAGGAGCUCGUCCUCGUCAACCGCCCGUGGCCGCUCGACGUGCCCCUCCCGCCCGCGCUCUUCAGCAUCACCACCCUCGCUUGCCUCUACAUCGGCCUCUGGAAGUUCCCGGACGUGGCCAGGUUACCGCCCGGCACCUCCUUCCCCCAUCUCCGUGAGCUCGGCAUCUGCAGCGUCGUCAUGGAGGACGGGGACAUCGACUUUGUCGUCGCCAAGAGCCCCAUCCUGGAGACCCUCAACAUCCAUGGAUGCAACAAGGGGCUGCGCCUUCGCCUCGUCAGCCAGAGCCUCCGGUGCGUCCAAAUUUGCAGCUCUGUUCUGGAGGACAUUGCCGUGGUGAAGGCACCUCGCCUCGAGCGGCUCAUCCUGGAGGGCCUUCGGAGCAACGCCGGUGGCUUGUGCACCAGAGUCAGGAUUGGCGAUGCUCCCAAGCUGCACGCAUUAGGAAUCUUGGAGCCAGGGAACACCAUGCUAGAGAUCCGAGACACCAUCGUUAUGGCCGGGAUGAAGGCAAGCUCAAGCACCAUGGCCACCAGCGUCAAGGUCCUGAGUCUGAAUGUGCGUUUCGCAAACCACACGGAUGCCAAGAUGGUUCCCUCCUUCCUCGGCUGCUUUCCCAAUUUGGAGGCACUGCACAUUAUUUCUGAAAAAUGUGAUCAUCAAGCCGGCAGUGCCAGGAUGAACCUCAACUUCUGGAAGCAGGCCAAGCCCACUGAAAGCCUCAAGUCGUGUAUCAAGGUGUUCUCUUACAGAGAAUUCCGAGGGGAGCUUGGGGAGGUUGCCUUCAUCAAGUUCUUCUUCCGGAACGCGAGGGCGCUGAGGACUGCGUCCAUCUCCAUGGCUAACCCGAGCUUCAUGACAUUCUCGAUGGAUGAGGCGACUUGUAAAGCAAAGCAAGCUUCUAACAAUAUGGCCAGUAGGUCCUGCGAAAUGGUGCUUCUCGGAAGCACAGGUCCUGAAGGAGGUAGCCCCUGGAGCUUCAAGAGAGGGACGGAUUACUCCUUUGAGGACCCUUUCUCAGCGGCUCUGUUAAAUUCGUCGUCCGAUGUUUGAUGAGAAUCAGAAAUACUAUGGACUGAUGAUAGCUUGCUUGCCGCUUUCCCAUAGUAAAUGCUCCUUACAACUUUUUGAUUGUGGCAGCAUGCUUUAACUGUAUUUUGUGGAUCAUGUCGUCCUGAUCGCCAUGCAGAUCAAUUAUCAUCAGAACUCUAUGGUCUUCAGGCAUGCAUUGUUUUGAUUAUAUAUGUACUUGAACUUGUGGAGGCACCAUUUUAUUUCGGGCCUUACUUGCAUGUCUGAGUGAGCUUGUCAAUAUUAUUUAAUUUCUAA